AUGUGUGGUAUUGGGGCAAGAUUUUCUCUCGGAGCAUCUUUAUCCAAGUGGAAUUUGUUGGAUUUGCACUUUUUAUUACAAUAUGGAAUGGUUGUGAAUAGUAAUAAUCAACAACAGGUUGUUGAACAAGAAGUUAGAAACGAAAAUAGUGUUGUUGUUGAUGACGACUCAGAAGAAAAUGAUGGAAGAAACGAAACAUUUGAACAGAAAUUAGAAAAAAUCAAGGCUAUUACUGUACAAAGUACUCAAUCGGAAGAGGUGGAUAUUAUUUCUGGUAUUAAAAGUGUUAUUUCUCCAAGAGGUCCAGAUGAAACUCGUCACGAAAUUAUUAAUUUUGGAGAUUCUACAGUGACACUUAUUGCUAGUAUUUUGGCUCUCAGAGGUGAUAAGCCAUACCCACAACCUAUUACCAUGACUGAUUUGUCUGGUGACGAACACACAAUAAUAUGGAAUGGAGAAAUAUUUGGAAAUGAAUAUUUCAGAGAAUGUGUUAUUGAGCAUGGAAAUGAUACAGUUUGUCUAUUGGAACAUUUGGUAAAAUGUGGAAAUGAGGAUGAAGUUUUGAAUACUUUGGCUAAUAUUGAAGGACCUUUUAGUUUUGUCUAUGUCAAUAAGAGGGAAAAAUAUGUGUUGUUUGGAAGAGAUAUUUUGGGAAGAAGAAGUUUGUUAUAUUCUGUAAACGGUCAAGAUUUGAUUAUUUCUAGUGUAGCUUGUCACGUUCCAGAAUUUUCUCAAUGGAGGUCAAUUGGUGUGAAUGGAGUUUUCAAAUUAUCCCUUAGCGAUGAAACUGGUUCACAAUUGCUUUCCAUGAUUUCUUGGGAAGAAAUUUACAAGAGAACUGGUAAACAUCCGUUAAUAUCCGAUAGAGAAAUGAUAGAACCAAAGACUGAAGAUGAUUUGCGAGUGAAUGAUACAGUAUUUGAGAGUGUUGUCGAUGAGUUCAUUUCAUAUCUUUCAAAUUCUGUUGAAAAGAGAGUGACCAAUGUCUAUUCCAAUAAUGAUGAAAAUACCAAAAUUAGUGUUUUAUUCUCGGGGGGAAUUGAUUCAGUAAUUAUAACAGCAUUGGCUCAUUUGAAGCUUGAAAAAGGAAUGCCUAUUGAUUUAUUGAACGUCUCAUUUGGAGUUGAUAAAAAGCAACAGGAUCAAUCAGCUGACAGAAAGCAAGCCAUAGAAUCCUACGACGAGUUGGCAAGACUUUACCCUGAUAGACCUUUCAGAUUGGUUCUUGUUGAUAUUAACUCAACUGAAUUAGCAGAAAAUCAAAAGAGAAUUGAAUCACUCAUUUAUCCACAAAAUACUGUCAUUGACUUUAAUAUUGGAUCAGCAUUAUGGUUUGCCUCAAGAGGAAGAGGAUACAUUUACAAUUCUUCAGAGCCAACCAACACAUCAAAUUUGUACACUUCAACAGGCAGAGUCAUUUUGUGUGGUAUUGGCAGUGAUGAACAACUUGGAGGUUACAAGAGACAUUUUAAAAAAUACAAGUACAAGGGUUGGAAUGGUCUUAACGAAGAAAUGGAUAUGGACAUUAAGCGGUUAUGGAUUAGAAACUUGGGAAGAGAUGACAGAGUAAUAUCAGAUCAUGGAAGAGAAUCUAGAAAUCCAUUUUUAGAUGAGCCAUUCAUUAAUUUUGUUAGAAAACAACCAUUAUGGUAUUUGGCUGAUUUUACCAAUAACCAACCAAAUGAUAAGCCAACCCAACAACAAUCAACCACAUUACCAGGUGAUAAGAAAAUACUGAGGAGAGCAGCUCAAAAACUUGGUCUUUCUAGGUCAUCUCCGAAUACAUUCACUGUUGGUAAGACACCAUGGGUAAGGUUUACCAAUAAGGAGAAUGUAUACUUUUAUGCUAAACCUUUCAAAACUGAUAGAGAUAAAAUUUGGCAAGAAAAAGAAGAUCCAAAAACAGGAAAGGUAUUCUAUUAUCAUUGGGCUUCCAAGACAUCCUUAAAUUCCUACACAGAAUUUCCUGACUAUGUAACAUUAGCUGAGAGUGGAGCUACAACACCAACUACUCCAACAACACCAACGACACCAACUACAACAACAAAUACUUCUUCACCAACAACAACAGCCUCAACAACUCCUGCUCAAUCAACACCAACAUCCGCAUCAGCAGCAACAACGAACCAAAAGAAAUCAAUUACCUCCCCUCCAAAACAAGAAAGACAAGAAGAACCUGUAGAAAAGCCUUUGCUAAAAAAAGAACCAGUUGUUGAGCAAUCUAAACCUGUUGAGACACAACCUGUUAUUGAGCAAUCGAAACCAGUACCUGUAACAACAGCACCACCAAAGGAGGAACCAGUAGAGCCAAAAGAAUCCAAACAAAAGAAAGUAGUUCUGGAAGAAGAUCCAAAACAAAAAAAGAAGCAAACUCAAAAUGAAAAUCAAAAGCCAAAAGCAAUGACGAUGGUCCAAGGAAGUAGUGGAAGUGCUGGUGCAGAGGAUUUUAAAGAUUUUGGCCCAAAUCAACCAAAACCAAGAUUAUCAUUUAUUGGAAAACGUCAAAGUCAAGUGAAGGUUUCAUUUACUAAGAAGGAUUUAGCAAGAACCGACUUUGAUGAUUCAAUCGAAGAUGAAUUAUUCAAUUUACCUGGAAGAGGAGAGGUUAAGGUUCAUACAGCUUUUAAGGGAACAUAUUUUUCAACUCCUAAAACCAAAAAAGAUAGAAUUGUAAUUUUAGCAAGAGAUUUUGUUGGUGCAUUUUGUCUCUUUAUGGCAGGCCAAGAAGGAAAGAGCAAUAAGAAGAACGUAAUUUUAGCUGCUUAUCCACUACUUGAUUAUUCAGAUAUAAAUGAAGAUAAGGACAAAAUUACAUUAAAUAUUGAUGGGAAUGAGUUUGUUUUACAAGCUAGUGCAGUAAGUAAGGAAAGAUUAAAGCUAGGCCUGGAAGUUGCUUAUGGUGAACUAGAUGCAAAAACAGACAUGGAGUUACAUAAUUACAGACUUGGUUCUAUCGAGUUUGCAAACUCCUACUAUCAACAAUAUGUUGAUGUUCCUGCCUCUUCAAUUAUCAAAUCUAUUAUGGAGUCAGAUCCUAACGAGAUUUUAGAUGAAAGUAUCCAAGAAAGUUCUGAUACUUUCGUUUCUAGCAAAUAUGAUCAAAGUCUUAGAUUACUCCAGACAGCUGUUAAGAAUAGCAAUGACAGAGAUAGUGCCAUCCAAGAAGCUUGUUUGUACAUGGAGAGAAUUAUAAAAAAGAUUGACAAGGGUGUAUUUGAAAAAUUCUCAAGAAUAUUGGAUAUUAUAUUCAAAAACCCAACAACUACUGAACGGCCUGAGCUCAGAAAUAACUUUUUAAAGACAAUGAACGACAUCAGAAAUAGCAAGAAAAUUGCUGAUAACAUUAUUGAUGAAUUGAUAAAGACUGGUAACGAAAGCUUUAAGGCUAUUCAGUUAUGGAGGUCAAGAGCCAAAUUGAAAGAAGUUCCUUUUGGGGAGGAAUACCAACCAGCCACACAAAAAUCAAAAGGAAAGAAGGAACUUCAACAAGAAAAGCUUAUGAGAGAGUCAAUAAUUCAAAAAAAGUUGCCUUCUGGUGUUUUUCUUGGUGUACUAUUCUUUUCCAAGACUGGAGAAGUUCUCUCUGAUAGAAAUGACAAUUUACCAAGUGUUAAGUUAGAUCGGUUAAUGUAUCAUAAUGAAAAUUCCAAGAGCUUAGACCAUCAAGAUUGGCAGUGGUUGCUGAAACAUGGACAACAAUCCUUUACUCAAACAAUUUUAGAUUUAGUCCCUUCGCUAUCUAACCCUCAAAUUAUUUUAGAUGUAUUUAAAACUGAUUUUAUUAGGUCUUUUAACGAUUUAUAUAGAGCUGUAAAUCAGUCAACCAAGCCAAAUGUAGAUCUGGGUGUAUUGUUGGAUAAGUGUGUAACAAUGAAGGGCCAAAAUAUUUUAUAUUAUCUGAUGGUUAAACAAGUAGAUAAGAAGGAGUUUGAAAUUCCUAAUGGGUACAAAUGGGAUCCAACUAUUGAUUUUGAGUAUAAGCAAUAUCAAAAAUAUGAAAACCUAGACGAAUCAUUUGUGAUUGAAAAAUUAGAAAGCCAUUACUCGGGAUCUAGAUGGGUCUAUAAUGCCAUGGAUUACUACAAGUCAGUUACUUCGAAAACCUACUCUGACGGCUUGUGGCUGGGAUACUUCAAUUUCAAGUUGACUGAAAGAGGUUCUUACCAGCUCUUAGUGGAAGAUAAAGCUAGAUUCAUGAUUCCUUCCAUUAAGAUUUCAGACAAAUUUGAUAUUAGAAAAUUGAGGGAUUUACUUGCUAAUAAUUUCUCCUCCUUGUCUUCAGUUACAAAUAUUAAUGAAGAAACACCAGACUACUUGUGUGAAACUUUAGAGAAACAAGUAUUCCGAGCCAAACUCCAGUUACAACAAAAGAUUUGUAAACCAGAUUUGGGCUAUCUUUACACGAAUGAAAUUUUAGAUGUCGGUGAAAGAAUCAAACUUAUCCUCUUUAUUGAUAAUGAUACUACUUCACAGAUUGGAAAUGAGUACAAUAGGGUUCUUUGGAGAGAUGAGAUAUCAUUUGAGGCUAUUCACUUAUCAUUGUUUUAUCCUGUCCUUCAUGAGCACUACAUGGGAAACAUUCGAAAGCAAUUACUAUUUGAUAAUUCUGUUUUCAAUGAUAGCUCUACAUCAAGUGAUGAAUAUUUGAAAAAUAAGGAGGUCAAUAAUAUAGGAAGACUGAAAGAACUGAUUAGAGCAGAAGAAGCUUUCUACAUUAUUAGGUGGCCACACCGAGUUAUUUCAACAUACUUAUCUAUCAAGCAGAACAACAAUGCAAUCUUACACUUGAUAAAUAAUGGUAAAGAACUUGCCAAGAUUGUUUUUGAUCAAACUAUUGGUAAGAAGAAAACCUUUAGAGAUUAUAGGUUGGAGCUUUUCAAGGCGCAAGAUAGUCAAGAAAUUGCAGCUAGGAAACAAAAAGAAAUCGAGUCCAAAUCAAAAGUUGGCAUUCAGGAACAAGAUUUAGAAAAGUCGACGUGUGCCGUUUACAACGUUGAUGCAAACAUUGAGGAUAUCCGUGAUAUUGAAUUGAUAAUGAUCGGACCGACCAGGGAAGAAGUUUUGACUAAUUUGAUUGAAGAAGAAGUUGAAUUAAAUAUUGUAGAUCACUUGGAUAGACUUGAACUUGAAGCAAUCAAGAGUACCUUAGAUGAUGUUAUAUCUAUUAUUGAGGUUACCACUGACAUGGUUGAUAAAACUAUUUUUGAACAAAAGAAGGCUGAAUCAAAAAAUCAUCUCAAAGCAGAAAGGGUUGAUUAUAUCCAAUCAGUAUUCAGUGGUAUAAAAUUUGAAGUAGAAAAGACAGAAGAAGACAAGAUUGAAAUUGAAGGAUAUGACUCAUUAUACAGACAAUCCAUUCAACUCUUUGAUGCUUCUAUGGAUAGUUCACUUCUUUUACUUCAAACCAUAGAAAAGACUCAAUCAAUGAUUGACCUGGUCGAGGUGAUGUUUACACAUGAUGACAAUCUUGAAAAGCAAGACAAAGUGGUCCGAUCUAUUCAGAGGAUUAAGGAUAGGCAAGCUGAAAUUAUGGCAGCCCAACCUUCAUUCCCUGUACUUCCAACACCGACUCACAACCACAGUGCAAAUAAUGCCAUUCAACAAUCAGCUUCUCAAAUUUUGAAUCAACCAAUUCAUCCAACUGUUCUCCAAGCUAAAGCAAAUAUCAAUCUAGAUGAAGAAAAACUAAGACAAAUGCUGGAAGAGGAGGAACGAAAGAAGACUGAAGAAUACGAUAGAAAGAUGAGAAAAUAUGUACAAAAGGCAACAGGUUUUUCUUCUUUUUCUCUUCCAUAUGGUACUCCUCAACAAUUUGUUAAGAAGAGACCACAGAGUAAUAAGCCUUCAUCAACAAAUGCAAAUACUUCGACAAACUCUUCUAUGCUGUCUAAUAAGAGUAUUACUGCUAAUUCUCCAUCAACCUCAAUGCUUAGCUCCCUACAAAAUACACCAAGUACUCCACAAGAAAAGAGUAAGAAACCAACCAGUAGUUUGGCUCAGUCAAUCCUCUCCAAACCAAAAACCUCAUCAACCAAACCAAACUCUUCCAAACCAGAGUUACCAUCCCUUGAUGGAAAACCUCACUCUUCAGCAUAUAUUUCAUUUGAUACCUACAGAGACAUGAUGGGUCUGAGUUCAUACAACAAGUUUUUGAAUCAGAAUAAUGUUCUCUCCAACUUGGAUUCUUGUCUGAAGAAUUAUAAUGAUGCCAAGAAGGCCAGUGACCAAGCUAUUUUAUCCUUACUUCCAUCAACAAGUAAAAAAAAGUAA